AUGGUUUAUGAUGAUAAAAAACAUAUUUCCAAAGAGCUUGACAAAUUAUACCGGGAUAACGCAGAAAUAACGCACUUGAUGAAAAACACCACCCAUAUCGUUAGGAGUGAAAUUAACACUAUCCUCGAGAACGAAGCACAAAUGAAAGCCAAUUUGGAUACUCUGGCUAAUGCAACCAAAGCGGUUACAAAUGCGACUCAAGAAGCGUAUAAAUUACUAACAUAUGUAGUGAAAGUCAUAAUGUUGGGGGAUGAACGACAAGAAAUAGCCUCCAAUCACCUCAGGGUCCUGAGAGAGGCAGAAACUAUUAUUGAAGAAGCCAAAGCAGGGAGACUUUCGCCACAGACCAUCUCACCCUCGCAACUUUAUCAAGCAACCGUUUACAUCAUGAAGAAACAUCCCGAUUUAAAUCCGCCACAGCCAAUCGACAGAAUGGAUAUUUCAACCUUGUCAUCAGUAUCAACAGUCAAAGUAGCAAGGGCAAAAGGAUACUUACUCACUAUAGUAACCCUGCCCUUGUUUCACAAAACUCCACUAUUAUCAUAUGAGAUGAGACCACUACCAAAACCAGAAAACCUGAAUGGUAAAACACAAACUCUAGCCAUAUUACCAUCAAAGAAAUUCCUGAUCACUGAUCCUGAUCUGCAACAAUAUUACUUGGCAGACAACGACUAUAUCAAAAAGUGCAAGAAUAUCGGAAAUGACCUAUCCUGUCGUCCGGAAAUUCCAUUCCAAUCUACGGAAAAACCGGACGAAGUUGACUGCGAAAUGAGACUAUUAAUGAAGUCAACCGAAGAGGUCAUGCGGACCUGCAAUGUUCGCAUUAUUCCCAAGUGCAAGACCACCUGGAUAAAACACUAUCAACCAAACUCUUGGGCAUAUUCGACUUGUGUAGAAGAAAUAUUGAGCAUCAAAUGUUCUAACUUAAUCGCAAAGGAUCAUUACAUCAAUGGAACUGGAAUGGUCCAUAUUAAAAACGGGUGCGAAGUCAGAAACAAAAAAUAUUUACUGAAGAGCAUAAAUGAAGAGAUGACUCAGCUCAAAAUAACUCUGCCGAAAUUAAAUUUGACCUUACCAUCUAUCUCAUUGAACCUAUCGGCUCAAUCAAAGAUAACCAGAUUUUUCUCAAAAAUCAGUAUCGACCCUCUCCAAAGUGUCGACGAAUUCAAACCCUAG